AUGCAAUACAAGAUAGCUCUAACUUCUGCUGCACUUCUAAUAGGUGCAGUGCAAGCUCAAAAUAGCACUAGUGAUGUUCCAUCAUCAUGUUCAAUCGAGGCGGGAGCUACCGCUGUAGCUCAGGCGGAUUUGGACAAGUACUCCAAGUGUGAGAAGUUAGUUGGUGACUUGCUUAUCUCUGGAACUGCCGACAGGAUGUCUUUGGCCAAUGUUCAAGAGAUCGAUGGUUCAUUGACUGUUAAUAAUGCUACUAAGUUGGUGAGUUUCUCUGCCGACUCUUUGCAGUCUAUUUCCAAAUCUUUGAACUUGAGAGGGUUGACUGUAUUGGAGAAGGCUAGUUUCGGUUCUUUGGAGGAAGUUUCUGAAAUUGACUUUACUACGUUGCCAGCUGUUUCCAACAUCAUAACAAAGUUGAAGUCUGCUGACAAGCUUAUUAUCUCGGACACUAACUUGGAAUCUAUUGAUGGUUUUGAGUCUUUGCAGUCUAUCCAGAUUCUAAAUAUCAACAAUAACAAAGCUUUGGCUACCAUCAGGUCUCAGUUGAAGUCUGUCUCCAACGCUUUGGACGUUUCUUUCAAUGGGCGUCAAUCCAAUGUUACUUUUGACAAUUUGCAAUGGGCCAACAACAUUACCAUGAGAGAUGUGAACUCUGUAUCCUUGAAGUCCCUAGAAAAAGUUAACUCCUCCAUGAGUUUCCUAGAGACCUCUCUAGAAGAGCUAAAGAUCAGUAAUUUGACUAGCGUUGGUGGUACUUUGACUGUUACUGGCAAUGAUGACUUGAGUGAAGUUGACUUCCCAUCCUUGACUGGUGUUUCUGGUGCUUUGGUUGUUGCGAACAACUCCAACUUGGAGCAAAUCAACGGUUUCUCUAAUGUUCAAACUGUUGGUAAUGCCUUAAUCAUCAGUGGUAAAUUCAACUCGCUUGACUUGGACAAUCUAAAGAGUAUUAAGGGUGGUGCUCAGGUCGAAACUACCUCCAGUAAUUUCACUUGUGAUGCAUUGAAGGCGUUGCAAAAGGCUGGUGGUAUUCAGGGUGAUACUUUUGUCUGCAAGAAUGGUGCUUCUUCAACCUCUAUGCAGUUAGGUUCUGGUGGUUCCGGUACCGCUAGUGGACAAAGUACUGCCUCAUCCACUGACGGCGCUAAAUCUUCGGGUAUUGCUGCUAACUUCGCUCCAGGUUCUUCCUUCAUGGGUGCUGUUGCCGCUGUCGCUGUUGCCCUAUUAUAA